AUCCGCCACACAUCACUUCCUGGGCUUUAAAAAACGGGGAAAAAAAAUCCAGCUAAGCGGGUCCUGUCCUAUCCUGACCCGGGUUCGGGGCCGUACCCGGGUGCCGCCGCUGCCUGCGCCGACACCAUGAAGGCUCAGCCCGCGGCAGCCUCCGUCCUCUGCCUGUGCCUGGUGCUGGCGGCCUGCGCUGCCUCCGCCGCGGGAGGGCUCGGAAAGGGUUUUGGAGAUCAUAUUCAUUGGAGAACACUAGAAGAUGGGAAGAAAGAGGCAGCAGCCAGUGGUUUGCCUCUUAUGGUUAUCAUCCACAAGUCCUGGUGUGGAGCUUGCAAAGCUUUAAAGCCAAAGUUUGCUGAAUCCAAGGAGAUCUCUGAACUUGCCCAUAAUUUUGUUAUGGUCAACCUUGAGGAUGAUGAAGAGCCAAAGGAUGAAGCCUUUAGUCCUGAUGGAGGUUACAUUCCCAGAAUCCUUUUUAUGGACCCCAGUGGAAAAGUCCAUCCAGAAAUCAUAAAUGAGAGAGGAAAUCCCAGCUACAAGUAUUUCUAUACCAAUGCUGACCAAGUUGUCCAAGGGAUGAAGGAGGCCCAGGAGAAGCUGACAGGCGAUGCUUUCAAACAAAAGCACCUGGGAGAUGAACUAUAAUGAAUACACUGAAUGAUACCUUCUCAUCACUUCAAAACUAAGAGGAAAUGAUUAAACAGACAAAGAAUGUAGAUGCACUGAAGGGACAUAAUUCCCCUGUCAACAAUGUUAGGUUAAACCCUGUUUGGAAUUCACACACACACAACAGUUACAGUGUUUUCUCUGCCUGGCAGUUUGCACCGUGGUGGUUCUUUGCAACUGGGUAAUGUGCAAACACAUCUCUGUGUGUUUGAGCAACCACUAAUACUUGGUGUUAAAAGGGAGGUGUGUAGGGAAAACACCAUUUGAGGGCAAUGUGAUGGGAAAAACUAGAAGUAGCCAUCAUUUUGACACUGAUCAGGGUUGAAUCUCUCUUUUCUCACUGGUAUUAUGUGAUCCCAUCGUUUUUACUGGGCAUUCCCAUCACUGGGGCAUGUUCCUGGGCCAGUUGUUUUCUAGGUAUCCAAAACCAUGAAUUCUCCCACCACCAAGAAGAAUACAUUUCAUGAAUGUCCAAGUAGCAUGUUAAUUAUCAGCUCUGCAAAUGUAUUUUUGUGUAAAACUGUGUGAUUCAUCUUUAUUUGCCUUUGGGCAGAAAUUUAACUUUUUCCUUACGCACUCACCUUUUGAUUGUUUCAUCAAGUGAGGGUGGGUUAUGUUGAAGCUUUAUGGGGUUUCCCCUUUUAUUUGAAUGUUUUUGGCGAAUGCCUUGCCAUCACAUUGUACUGUAUUUUUGUACCAGGGUGAAAAAAUUAAACCUUUUUAAACAUAA